AUGGCACCACCAAAAAAGACAAAAAACAACGCUGCUACUACUGCUGCUACUGCUGCUACUACUGCUGCUUCUUCUUCAACUACCAAUGGUAGCAACAACAGCACUACUACAGUCGAUGAGUUGUCAAAGAAGGAUCGCAAUGCACUGACAAGCGUAUCAAAGUUGUACGACGAGAAGAAAUAUAAGAAGGCGUUGAAGGAGGCCAACGACUUUCUCAAGUUGCACCCGAACAACAUCGAUUGUCAGUGUUUCAAGACGCUGAUCAUCUACAAGCUCAACAAGAAGGAGGAGGCACACGAUCUCGCCAAGAGCAUUCUGCGUGCCAAUCUCUCGAGUUUCACCGCUUGGCACACUCUCGGAUUCCUCCAUCGUCAAGACAAAAACUAUGCAGAGGCAUUGAAGUGUUUCAGAAACGCCAGUAAACACAACAAGGAGUCUGUACAGAUUCUCAAAGAUCUAUCACUAGUUCAAAUCUACCAAAGAGAUCAUAUUGGUUUAAAGGAUACAUAUACAACAUUACUCCAUUUACAACCAACAAACAAAGGAAAUUGGAUUGGAUUGAUUCUUACCAAUCAUUUAUUGGGUAAUCUCACAAAAGCUUGCAGUAUUUUGACAGACUUUUUCGAUGUUUUGGACCAAAAGGAGAAUGUAGGAUUGAAAUUCACAGAGUUGCAACUCUACAAAUGUAUGAUUCUCGAGGAGAUGGGUGAAUACGAUCAAGCACUAUCAAUCUUGAAAGACAAUGAAAAACAAUUGUUGGAUAAACUCUAUGUUAAACAAAAGAUUGGUGAAUUGCUGCUAAAGAAGAAACAGUUUGGCGAGGCAGAGAAGAUCUUUAAGGAGCUGCUCAAAGCCAACUCUGAGAACUAUCUAUAUCAUCAGAAACUCUGGGAAGCCAAACAGAUUCAAUCGUUGGACGGCCUGAGUGAGGCACAGACCAAGGUGAUGAUUGAACUCUACGAUUCGUUGAUCAAGGAGUACCCAAAGAGUAUGAUGGCCCAGAAGAUACCAUUGAAAUUCUUGGAUGCCAACUCCUCGCUGUUCCGCGAUCGUUUGAUAAAGUUUGCAAAGCAUUUCCUCACCAAGGGUAUUCCAUCGCUUUUCAACAAUCUCAAGUCACUCUAUGGCAACGCCGACAAGGUCAAGGUCAUUGAGAAGCUGUUCCUCGACAACUAUCAAUCGUUGGUCGACAACCAGACUCUUGUAGUUGAGAGCAGUGUCGCUGCUGAUGCCGCAGCCGCUGUCACCAAGGAACCACCCUCCACAUUCCUCUGGACACUCUACUUCUUGACCUAUCACUACGAUCGUGUUGGCAAUGCAGAGCGCGCCUUCCACUACUUGGACGAAGCGAUCAAGCAUACUCCUACAUCGGUAGAUCUCUACACUACCAAAGCGAAGCUGCUCAAGCACCAGGGUAACUUGGAUGCCGCUGCAGAGUGCUACGAAUACGCCAGAAAGAUGGACAUGGCCGACCGUUACCUCAACACCAAGUCCACACUGUACGCACUGAGAAACGACGACAUCGAGUCAUCGCAAAAGAUCUUCUCGUACAUCAUCGACAAGAACGAGAACUUCCUCAAGAACAUCACCGACUUCCAAUGCCAAUGGUACGAAAAGGAAGCCGGUCUAUCAUAUAUGAGACAAGCUGAAUAUGGACAAGCACUAAAGAUGUUGUAUUAUGUUGAAAAACAUUUCAAUGAAUUCAUAGAUGACCAAUUCGAUUUCCACAAUCAUAUUCAAAAGAAAUUGACUUUGAGAUCCUAUAUUCAAUUCUUGAGAUGGGAAGACAAUAUCUAUAAGAACAAACCAUAUCAUGAUGCCGCUAUUUUAAUUAUUAAGAAACCAUGGACUCCAAAACCAGAGAGUGACGAAGAGAAGCAAAAGAGAGAAAAAUUAGUACAACAACACAAGGAUUCACCAACCUAUGAUUCAGAAGGAAACAUUAUUGAAUUCGACGAUGAUCCUCAUGGUGACAGAUUGGCAUGCGUUUCAGAUGUAUUCGUGCCAGCCAACAAGUUUUUAGAUAAUCUUCUCAAAUAUAAUCCAGAUUCAAUUCCAGUUCAUGAAGUUGCUUGUCAAGUAUAUAUUGCCAGCAAAAAAUAUCAACUUGCUUUGGUAUCAUUAUUAAAAUUAAAGAAAGAAUGCCCAGAGAAUCCAUUGUAUCACCGUUAUUUGGUUGCUCUCUUUGCUGCUGUCGAGGCAGACAAGGAGAUAAAGGACACAGACAAACAAUCGAUCGCCGAUCAACGUGAACAAUUGUUGGGUGGUGCUGAUGUCACUCUCGCUCAGUACAAUGAGAAGUAUGCCGGUGCUCACAGCGAUUCCGUUGCACAUAGAUUCGUCGUUGGUGAAGCUCUCUUUGCGAUCACCGGUGACAAGAACCAAGCACUUGCCAAGAUCAUGGAUCUCAGCGGUGCUGCCACCUGGAAGAACUGUCAGGACAACCUGAAUCAAAUUGCCUUAGUAUUCGGUGAUGAAGAUGCCAAGCGUUAUAGAGAGAUCUGCCACCAACGAUUCCCAACUGCCAAAUGCUUCAAAGAGCCAGAGGUUAAAGUGGCAACACCAACCACCGAGCCAGCCGGAGCACUCGAAACAACCACUACUGAAACCAAACAAAAUGGAACAGCUCAAUAA